GGCGGCAAACCAUGAGAGAGUGGUUUGCCGUUUGGGUUGCGUCCUAAGCGUCAGUUGACGUAGACCCGUCGUCGACGUAGCAAUAUGCUUUUCGUUCUCGCGAUUCCGGUGUUAUCCAUCGUGACAUGGGCAUCCGCGCUGAUUGAUCCGUUAUCAGAAUUACCAAAAUUCGGGAAACCGCUGAACAAUCUCACCAUCUCAGUUGGUCGUGAGGCCAUCUUCACCUGCAUCGUGGAGAAUCUCGGUCCGUACAAGGUGGCGUGGCUUAGAGUGGACACGCAGACAAUACUGACGAUAGCAACUCACGUUAUCACGAAGAAUCAUCGAAUCGGAGUUACCCAUAGUGGACAUCGUACGUGGUCCCUUCACAUCAGAGAAGCUAAAGAAACUGACCGGGGUUGGUACAUGUGCCAGGUUAAUACCGAUCCAAUGUCCAGCAUCACCGGAUUCCUCGAAAUAGUUGUACCUCCGGAUAUCCUGGACUAUCCCACCAGUACGGACAUGGAAGUGAGGGAGGGUACCAACGUGACGCUGCGGUGCGAGGCAACAGGAACACCGAAGCCGACGGUCUCAUGGCGUAGGGAAGCAGGGGGCACGAUCACCCUCCCUAACUGGCACGAGGUAACAAGUAUCGAAGGUCCACAUCUGGAAAUAACGGGUGUCACUCGACUCCACAUGGGACCAUACUUGUGCAUAGCAUCGAAUGGUGUACCCCCAACCGUCAGUAAGAGGAUCGUUCUCAUUGUUCACUUUCCACCUAUGGUUUGGAUCGAGAAACAAUUGGUUGGAGCAUACGAAGGGAAAAGACUUAUUCUCGAAUGUCAAAGUGAGGCUUAUCCCAGACCAAUAAGUUAUUGGACUAGGCCAACAAAUGAGACUAUUGCUAAUGACAAUCAUUACGAAGUUGAAACGAUAUCAAAAGGUUACAAAGGAUACAAGACAACUAUGAGGUUGACUAUAAAGUCUGUACGUGCACAGGAUUUUGGAUCCUUUCGAUGCAUAUCGACGAAUUCAUUGGGCGAGACAGAAAGCAAGAUCAAAGUUUACAGAAUUGACAGACAACCAACGACGAGACGACCAGGUACUCGACGGGAUUCGAAAAAUUCUUGGAAAUUGGAUCACAGUAACGAGAAAAAAGCUGCCGGCAUGAGGGACGAGCCAAUGUCGAAAGGAAAUUUGGAUAGUGGCGAAGAACAAUUGGAUUUUCAAUCGGCCACAGCAUCGUCGUGCUUUCAUCUUCAUCGCAUUUACAUAAAUCUUGGUAUCAUCGUAUUCGUUGGUAUCGUUCUUGGUGGAUUAUCAACGUAGACGACCCUUUUCUAUCGUUGUCAUUUCUACCCUCGCGACGUUAAAGAAUUUCGACAAAAAAUUUUUUGAGAAAAAAUAGAUUUUUCCUUCAUUCUAUGGUUCCUCCCACGACGAAUCGCAAAUCUGUCGAUUCCCGUUGGAAACUUCCAACUUUCGAAUUGCAUAAGGGACAAGUUUUCCAAAAACAUACGAAAAAGAAAGGAUGGAAGUACGGAAGAAAAUAAAAGAUAAGAUAAAAGAAUAGAAGAAAGUGAAGAGAAAUAUUAUGAAAUCUUUAAUCAUGAGUUCCACGCUUUGUGCGUUUUUCGUUUCUCCAUGAAGAUCCUACAAGAUUACCUAUGACCGUUUAAAGUCUCCAGAGAAAUGAAAGAUAUCAUAAAUUUAAGCUCUUAGAUUAUGAAAUGGGGUAAAAAAAAAAAUCUAUGAGAAACGAAGGAUACGAAGUAGAGUUUAUCUAGCCGUGUAAUGAUCCUUUCUGAACCCCCCACCCCCACCCCCACCCCAU